UGGAAAUAAAAUAUAUUAUUAUUGUAUGACAUUUGUAAUAAUGGAAUAUAUAAAAGAAAAUGAUGAAGUUUUAGUGCUGGGAAUUACAGAACUUGUUGAGAAAAUUCAAAAUAUUUCCGGUGUAAAAACAUCAUGCCUAAAUUCAAUAAAUGAACUUUUAUCAGAUAAACAAACUCAACUUCAACAUAAAUUUAAUGUCGUUUUAUCUUUUAUGAGAAAUGAUUCGCGAAUAAUAAGUGCUGAAGUCCUUUCACGCCUGCUAGAAAUUUUGAAACCAAAUGGAAAAUUCAUAUUUUAUUACUCGUGUGAAGAUACUGCUUCCAUAGUAUCAAAUUUAAAAAUUUACGGGUUCACUAAAACUUCUCCAAGUUUUGAGGUGGGUUCAUCUGUGAAACUAUCAUUAGCUGCAGAAAAUAAAACAACAACUGUUUGGAAGCUUGAUGAUGAUGAUGAUGAUGAAGUAAUUAAUGAUGAUGACUUGUUAGAUGAGGAAGAUUUAAAGAAGCCCGAUCCUAGUAGCUUAAGAGUUUGUGGGACCACUGGAAAGAGGAAAGCUUGCAAGGAUUGUUCUUGUGGUUUAGCUGAAGAGUUGAAAGCUGAGGCAGGAGGUUUAGCAAAUAAAAUUGACAAUCCAAUACAAAAAUCAUCAUGCGGGAGUUGUUACUUGGGUGAUGCAUUCCGUUGUGCUACAUGUCCAUAUUUAGGAAUGCCUGCUUUUAAGCCUGGCGAAAAGAUUAAACUGUCUGAUGAUCAGUUGAAAGCAGAUAUUUAAACUUUACAUGAUUAUUAAUAUAGUUUUUCUUUAAGUUUUAAAUUGAAAAUGUUAAAAGUGAAAAAAAUUGUAACCAAAAAUGUA